GCCCCCCUGCUCUCAUACAACCUCUUCGGACGACAAGGCAACAUCAGUAGGAACUGUACAGAGGCUGGCUGGUCUGACGUCUACCCCAGCCUCAGCACUGUCUGCUGGUCCAGCGACAACAAACCCAACAUGCUGCUGUUCUACUCGGUGGUGAAGACUCUGUACACUCUAGGCCACAGUCUCUCCCUCAUCGCUCUCAUCACCUCUACACUCAUUCUCUGUCUGUUCAGGAGGCUCCACUGUACUAGGAACUACAUCCAUGUGAACCUGUUUGUGUCGUUCAUCUUGCGAGCUGUGGCCGUGCUGGUUAAAGACUCUGUAAUCUUCUCCCAUAAUGAAAACACUGACUGUAGCACGCAGCCCUCACUGGUGGGCUGUAAGGUCAGCUUGGUGAUGUUUAACUAUUUCAUCAUGGCUAACUAUCUUCUGGCUGCUGGUGGAAGGCCUCUACCUACACACUCUGCUCCUCGUCACCUACGCAUACACACACCUCGCUGUCUUACUCACAUCGGCUGGGGUUAUGGUUGA